CCGAUGGCCAGAGCCCUUCUCGACCCGACGACAUAAAUACGGGCGAUUCCUACGACAACUCAUGUCCAUGAUCUCCACUUCUACCAUCACCUCUCUAACCCCCAACCCCCCAAAUUCUCAAGUACAACACCCCCAGUGGUCGUCAAUAUGCCCGGUCGCCUCGAAGGCAAAACCGCCAUCGUCACCGGCGGCGGCAGUGGCUUUGGCGCCGGUAUCGCCAAAAAGUUCCGCCAGGAAGGCGCCAACGUCCUCAUCUGCGACCUCUCCACGGAGAAUGGGACAAAAGUCGCGUCCUCUUUAGGCGCCGAGUUCAUCACCGCCAACGUGACCAAACGCUCCGACUGGGAGGCCGCGCUGAAAAAGUGCAUCGACACCUGGGGUGGGCUGGACAUUGUGAUCAACAACGCGGGAGCAUGCUACCCCAACAAGCCCACCGAGCAGGUCACGGACGACGAAUUCGACUUGUGCUACAACGUCAACGUCAAGAGCGUGUACCUCUCGAGCAGUGUACUCUUGCCGUAUUUCCUCGAGAACAACAGGCCGGGCUGCUUUGUCCAGAUCGCAUCGACCGCUGGCAUCCGUCCGCGCCCCGGGCUGACAUGGUACAACUCGAGUAAGGCCGCGUGCAGCAAUGCGACCAAGACGAUGGCCGUGGAGUAUGCGCCCAAGAAGAUUCGGUUCAAUGCCGUUUGCCCCGUUGUUGGUAGUACUGGAAUGACGCAUCUCUUCCUCGGAAAGCCGAACACAGAGGAGAACAUGAAGGCCUUUACCGCAGUCGUGCCGAUGGGACGUGGGACCACGCCGGCGGAUGUUGCCAACGCGUGCUGUUAUCUUGCUAGUGAUGAAGCCGAGUUUAUCACAGGCGUGAAUCUAGAGGUUGAUGGUGGUAGAUGCGUCUAGCCUCAAGUUUCCGGAUGAGGUUUGGGCUUUCGGAAAAGUUGAGGGCCUUAGAUCAAAACAGGGGACCAAUACUAGGAUUAUUUAGCCUGAUCGGCCGCGUACUGAAAAUCUUCAUGUGAUUCUGUUUG